AUGUGGCCCGAUGAGCUGCACGCGGUGCUCAUGGUGGCAUCGAUUUGGGCGGUAUCUGCCACCCAGAUUUUCCCAUCCUGGAGGCACUUGGCCUGCCUGGUGAUGGGCCAGUGCUUCCUGAGCUUCGCCCUCUCUGCCGCGGAGGUGUCCAGUGCCUACGUGGAAUCCCUGGACUUCCCAAUGGACUCUCCCACGGUGCGGUUCGACCUGGUCAUCUUCAACAUCGCGCUGCUGAUCAUCGGCACCACCGUGGCUCUCGGCUCCCUUGGUCCGGAGAAGGACGGGAAGAGAGACACAGAAGGCCUAUCCUUGGCGUCGGCGCUGCACUCGCAGGCCUUCGAGGAUGACUUGGAGAGAAGGAAGCGCGCAGUCCUCACGGCGCUCUGCGACACCGUGCUGACCACGAACGCGCACUUCGCGGUGACCUGCAGCAACGAGAACGCAGACAAGCUCUUCAAGAGGCCAAUGCUGCACGAGAUCUUCACGGACUACCUGAAGGACAACGCCGAGAAGGUGAAGUUCCUGUCCUCCAUGAAGAAGCAAUUUCCAGAGGACGACUCCCUGAGCGAUGGGCCGAAACGCCUGCGGGUCACGAUGCGGGAUGCCCAGGGCAAGCCCUUUGAGGCGGACGUGGUGGUCUCCGAUGCCAGUACCAACGUGAGGACUGGGAAGAUCUCCAAGCUGAUGGUUGGCAUGCACGUUCGCCCGGAGUUCCGAUCACAGAUCCUGGCAGAGGCCAAGCGCCGCUGGAGCAAAGGCGCCUCGGAUGGCGUGCAGCCUUUGGCAGCCGCAGGUGAUGUGCUGGGCCUUGAGAAGGAGCGCGCCGGAGCGGCCAAAGGAGCCGAGGAGCAGCGGAUCCAGCAGGAGCUGAGCCAAGAGCUCCUCUCCGUCUACACGGAUCUCCUGCGCCGGUGCGACGGAGCGGGUGGCCCGGACCGAAGCGCCCAAAGCGCGCUGGAGUCAGGCGGGCCACCCAAGAUCCGGCUGCACCGGUCCAACUACGAGUCCUUCCGGCAGCGGGGCUCCGGGCUGGGCAAUACCCGGCCGAAAGCUGAGCGGGCUGUGGAAAGGGGUCUCCGCAGUAGAACAUGA